AUGGAGCCGCUAAGCGAGAACCUUUGUCUCAGCGAGCUGGACCUACAUUCAGGUCAUCUCCACGAAUCUGUGGCGGCUUCCGUGGGCUCAGCUAUAUCAAGUCUGAUGGCGCCACUACAUCAUGAGCCCCAGCACGCGCCUUUACAUCACGCGCCGCCGCUUCACCACGAACCAUUGGAGAAACUUAAAUUCUUGGUUGCAGUGUGGGCUGAGACCGGCGAGUUCCGGGACAGUGGCCACUCAUCGCUUGCUUCAGGGUCCAGUGUGGAACAGUCUUUAUACGCUCCACCCAGACCAAGGAGAGAUAGGAAGAUCACCGAUGACAAUCGUCAAAUGUCAUCUGAGCCGACUAUAAAGACGGAAUCAACGACGCCGGGGGUCGGGCCUGAUGAGUCUUCGUUGGAUGAUAAGGGAGAUAAGAAGAACAAGCGGCAAAGAAGACAGCGGACUCACUUCACCAGCCAACAGUUGCAAGAGUUAGAGGCGACCUUCGCUAGAAACCGUUACCCGGACAUGUCCACUAGAGAAGAGAUAGCCAUGUGGACCAACCUCACUGAAGCGAGGGUCAGGGUGUGGUUCAAAAACAGAAGAGCAAAGUGGAGGAAGCGCGAGAGGAACGCUAUGAACGCAGCGGCAGCGGCGGCGGCGGAUUUCAAGAACGGGUUCAGUACUCAGUUCAACGGUCUGAUGCAGCCCUUCCCCGAUACCGAGGCAUUGUACUCUUCCUAUCCUUACAACAACUGGGCCGCUAAGGUCCCUAGUCCUUUAGGUACAAAGAGUUUCCCAUGGCCGGUGAAUCCGUUGGGGUCGGUGGUGCCGGCAAGUCACCACCAGGGUUCUGUCAACUGUUUCAAUACAGCGACUUCUAUGGGUGGUGGGGGUAUGGGUAGUUCGUCAGGCGUGGGGGGCGCCGUAGCUCCCUGCCCGUACACCGCGCCCCCCAAUCCGUACAGCAUGUACCGUGCUGAGCCUUGCCCGGCCAUGUCGUCAUCUAUCGCGUCCUUACGGCUUAAGGCCAAGCAGCACUCAUCAGGUUUCAGCAGCGGAUACGGUGGCGUGUCUCCCGUCUCCCGCGCCCCCUCCGCGCCUCUCUCCGCCUGUCAAUACGGCGGUGGCGAACGUCUCUGA